AUGACUACUUCAACUACUGACAAAAUCACUGUUCUCCUAAACUGGAAGGCUACUCCUUAUCAUUUGCCACUCUUUUUAGCCUCCAAGAUGGGCUACUUUACGGAGCAAGGAAUUAAGGUUGCUAUCCUUGAACCCAACGAUCCUUCUGAUGUUACCGAAAUCAUCGGCUCUGGCAAGGUUGAUCUUGGACUGAAGGCCAUGAUCCACACCAUUGCCGGAAACGCUCGCGGCUAUCCUAUCAAGUCUAUCGGUACUCUCUUGGAUGAACCCUUCACUGGUGUCAUUCACUUGUCUCAUAAGAGUGGUAUUACUAACGACUUUACUUCGCUUCGCGGCAAGCGCAUUGGCUAUGUUGGUGAAUUUGGCAAGAUUCAACUGGAUGAAUUGACCAGCCAUUUCGGCAUGACUCCCAAGGACUACGACGCUGUGCGUGUUGGUAUGAAUGUUACUGAUGCUAUUAUUCGUGGCGACAUUGACGCUGGUAUUGGUAUCGAAAAUGUGCAGCAAGUUGAGUUGGAAGAAUGGUCUGUUCAGCAAGGAAGAUCUCGCGAUGAUGUCCAGAUGCUCCGUAUUGAUGAGCUCGCCGAAUUAGGGUGUUGUUGCUUCUGCUCGAUUCUCUACAUUGGCAAUGAGGAAUUCAUCAAGAACAACCCUGAAAAGGUGACCAAAUACCUUGCUGCCAUCAAGCGCGCUACGGAUGACAUGAUUGCUGAUCCUGUUGCCGCUUACAAAAAGUACACGGAAAUGAAGCCCCACUUGGAUUCUGAUAUCAAUCGCAAGAUCUUCCAAAGAUCCUUCCGAUACUUUUCUCGUGAUCUCAAGAACGUUGAGCGCGACUGGAACAAGGUGACCAAUUACUGUAAGCGUCUUGACAUUGUCGACAGCAACUUUGUCCAGAAUCAAACCAACGAAUUCUUGACUUGGCCCUUGCUUCCCGAGUCUGAACCAGGUGCUGAGCCUGCUACUGUGGAAACGGGUGUUGUUGAAGGCGGUUGUCGUCGCUGUCAACACAGUAGCAUCUCCCAACCAGUGUUUGCCUGA